AUGUCGAAUGAAGUCGAUCUCUCUGCCCGCGGCGGCAAGUCCGCCAUUGUCAUAGGCGGAGCAUCCGGGCUAGGCCUUGCCAUUGUCGAGCGCUUUGCUCAUGGAGGCGCCCAUGUCACCAUCGCGGAUGUGGACACCGAGGGUGGCAGCCCCAUUGUCGCCGAGCUCGAAUCCAAAGGCCUCUCCGCCACACUUGUCCGUUGCGACGUGACGGACCACGCCAGCUCCGUGGAAGCAUUUGAACACGCCAUUCGAACCUCUCCAAGUAAGUCCGUUGACGUCGCUGCUUUGGUGGCAGGCGUCAUCGGUGAGCCGGGAAGCCUUGUGGACAUGGUGAUCAAAGGGCAACGGGAGGAGGAACGUGUCACUCCGCCUCAAUUGCGCCAUCCCGCUCUCGACGUGAAUCUCCUGGGCAUCUACAACAGCGCCUACCUUGCGCUGUGCUCGACGGUGGCCUACACGGAUGUGGGAAACUUUGCGGACUAUCAUACAUCCAAGUUCGGCAUUCGAGGUCUCUUUCGCGGCCUCCGCCACGAGACACCGCGUCUAGACGUCCGCACGAACUGUCUGGCGCCGUAUUUUAUGGACACGCCGAUGGUGCAGAACGGCCUGGAAGUGUUCGCCGCGGCGGGGAUGGCUCCAGGCAAAGGCUUCACUUUCGUCCAUGUCGACAAGGUAGUUGACGUGGCAUGCAGAUUCGCCGUCGACGAGAGCCUACAUGGGAGGGCGAUGAUGAUCGUUCCGGAGCCCGAAGGGGUCAUUGACGUGAAGGACGAUAAGGAAGGCCUAUGGGGUGGCGUGGUUUUCAAGGGGACACAGGAGAGAAUGAGGGCUUCCGGGCUGGUCAUCUAA